CUCUUUCUCAGCAUUUUCCUUAAUUUUUCCCCUUUGCAUUCUUUGCACCUAAAAAUGGAAGAAUUGGCUUCUUUAUGGAAUUAUCAGAGAAUUUUGAUGAACUGAAACCGAAGCUUCAGUACAGUGGAAUGGAGCUGGAAUCUGUAAAAAUGGAAGCCGAUGAGCAGAUAAGGAAAUACAAGGAUGAGCUAAAGCUUAUGCUUAAUCUCCUGACCUCGCUUACCAAAAGAGACGAAGCAAGAGACCAAUUGCAGAAGCUACUCAACAAGUUUAAUCCCUUGUGAAAAUCCGUUAUUAUUGCAACGAACACGAACUCCAGCAUAACCGAAUCAAACAGUUUAUCAGACACGUAUAAUAAUCACCACCCUCACGUUCUUCCCCUGUUUGAUUCCUUGUUCGAUGCCGUCACUUCACCUGAUUUUCCCAUCAUUAAAAUGGCAGAUUCAAGUGGAAUUGGGCUUUUGAAUCAACCCUUUGCGUCCGGUUUAGUCCCGUCAACGGUGACGACCAAGGUUUUUGAUUCUGGAACCGCUGUGAUCGAUAACCUUGCAAAGGGGAAAACCCUGCCUGAAAAAGGGAAGCUUUUACUGGCUGUAAUGGAAGCUGGACCUCUUCUUUCGACUCUGCUUCUUGCUGGUCCUCUUCCUCAAUGGAGAAACCCUCCUCCUUCGGAUGCUUUCAGAAUCCCCCAUGUUUCCAUUAAUGCAUGUGAUUCUAAAAUCCAUAACAAAAAACCGGUUGCCAGUCCGACUAACUGUGUUGUUAAAAAACGAGUGAAUUCGUCAUCACGUGGGACUCAUCAAAUGUGUUCAUCGGCCAUGUUAGGAUUUGCAGGUUCUGGUUUACUUCAUGGCUGAGUCAGUUACCGUUGAGUUCAGAUGCAGGAGUUAACACUCAAAUCGCAGUCACAAAGCGGCAAAGGUUUUAAUGAGCCACUCACCGUUGGCUUCAGUUCUGUAAAGAUUAAAAAUUUGAAGUUCCGGUGGUGUAAAUUCGAUACUUUAUUUAGAGGGAUGAAUUGAAUGGGAUGAAUUGAAUGGGAUGAAAUAUCGUAGUUGUUUUACA